AUGUUUGCUUUCAGGAACCAGAUUCUCGGAGAUAUAUGUGCAAUACAGGAGCAAGAGCAAGCCGAAGAGCAGGUCCCGAGGCCCAUCCGUCGCCGGACGUCCGUCUACCGAGAGCAUGGAGUAGCUCAUCAACGUCUAUUUGAAGACUACUUCGCCGAUGAGCCACGGUGGGGACCGACGGUUUUUUCGCCGAGUCUCCGCAUUGUUCACGCGAUGGAGGCCCCGCGACGAGUACUUCCAGCAGCGGCAAGAUGCGGCCAACAGAAUCGGUCUAUCCCCGCUUACGAAGUACAUGGUUGCGCUUCGUCAGUUGGCCUAUGGCACUACAACGGACAUGUUCGACGAAUAUCUUCACGUCAGCGAUACAACUGGGGGGAGUGUCUGGCAAAAUUUUAUGAGGGUGUGGUUGACGCCUUCAGGGCAACAUAUUUGCGCAAGCCGAAUGCUGAAGAUUGCCAGUUCCUGAUGAGGAUGCACGAUAGGGUGCACGACUCUACUGGAAUGUUAGGGAGCAUUGACUGUAUGCACUGGGAGUGGAAAAAUUGUCUGGCAGAGUGGAGAGGCCAAUUCACCAGUGGGUAUAAGGGUACCCACACGACGAUUAUCCUUGAAGCCAUCGUUGGCCACCGUCUUUGGAUCUGGCAAGCUCACUUUGGUGUGGCGAUUAGUCCGACGAUGAAGCUGAAUCGAGGGUAG